AUGAACACGUUUUGGGACUUUGUCGACUGGCUCCUCCCGCCGGUGCGCAUCGUCGACGACCUUGCGGACGGCCCCUCCGAUUCUUCAUACAGGCGGCCAAGUCACCACCAUUCCUCGCAUUCGUCACGCCGACUAUCUGGCAAGGACCAGGACAAGGAUAGAGAACGAGACCGAGAUCGCGAACGAGACCGCGACCGUGAACGGGACCGGCGGAGGGAAAGGGAGAAAGAGGAGAGGAGGCAUACUCUCUCUCCCUCACCUAUCCCCUCCACGUCGCCUACAUCCUCGACCUAUCCUUCCGUUUUGCAACAUUCCGCCGAGGCCGCUCUUGCAGACCCGAAGCGGCUCCGCCUGCUGUAUACUUCCUUGCGCGCGACUUACUCAGAUGCACGCCAAACGAUCCUCUCUCAAGCGGAAGAGCUUGCCUCGCUCAAAGGCUUCCUCUCCAAGACUGACGACUGGUCGGGCGCGCAGCUGCUCCAAGCUCUCGCGGACCUCAACUCGGAAAUCAUCCAGCUGUCAGCGUCCGUAGCGGAGGAGUUCGCGACCAAUCUGCGGGUGGAUACGCGGGUGCCCAUCGUCGCAAAGGAGCGCGAUAGGGAGAUCGUAAGGCCUGCGCUGGGGAGGGAGAUGACCAAGCUGCUGGAGGAGAGGGAACAUGCGCAGGACCCGACGCUGGUGCAGUUCGCGCUGCAGGCGUGGGAGGUGUGGUGCGUGACGCGGGUGAUGGACGCGUUCUGCUAUGGCCUGCCGAAGGACGUAGACGAGUCGCUGCGAAGGAUAUUCGAUCGUAUGCAGCGCGAAGAACCCCAGCCGACAACCUCGCGCUGGCGCGCCCUCACCUACAAGCACGCGCGCUCGCUCCUCACCCGCCCGACGGAUGCCUCCGAGCCUUCCUCCCCCGACACGGUCACGCCCUCGCCCUUCAAUUCCGCCCCUUCGACGAUCGCGUCCGCAUCGUCCCUACCCCCUCCCCUGCUUUCGCUCACGGAGGCGAACCUCCGCGGGGUGCUCGCGAUCCUCGCGCUCGCUGGGUGCACGGACGCGCGGGGCCUGCACCGGGACCCGCUCCGUGCGCGCUACGGCUCCGCGCUGUCGAGGAUCAGUGCGAGGGCAGAACGGAUAUCGAGCGUCGUGAAGGAGGGCGUGCUGAGCGGGAUGUUCGAGGUCGUGUGGUGCCGGCCGUGUCGUGGGGGCAGCACGUCGAAGGCCAAGCGGUCGAGCUCGACAAGACGCGCGAGUUCGGUCCCCGCGGAGGGCGCGAAGGUGCAGAAUCCGCUGGACAUCAACAUCGAGGAGAUUGGGGCGAACAGGGGGAAGGGGAAGGAAAGGGAGUGGGUGAAGGAGGUCGAGCGCGCGAGGAAGGGUGUGGAUGAUGACGACUACGACGAAGAGAGGACCCAAAGCGGAGAGAGGGACGAGAACGGGGACCAGAUGUUCGACUGGAAGACGAUGGAGAACGUCUAUGCGGGUCACUGCAACGAGCGCUGUCGCGUCCUGUGCACUGUCGAGCUCGGGCUCGCGUUCUCCCGCCGCCUCCCUGAAGAAGAGAAGGAGGAGAGCAUUGAUGGCGACGGAAUGGUCGUUUCGAACGGGGGGACCGGAUCUGGGUCGCGGCCUACGUCGAGGAUCUCGGCGAUGUCCAGCCUGUCGAGACCGGUGUCGAUGGGUGGGGUUGGGCUAGACGGAGUGGGGAGCGGGAACGUGAGCCUGAGCAGCAACGGGCAGACGGUGGAUGCGAACAGGAUGGUGCGGAACCUGCUCCUCAAGCCGAAGGUGCUGCUGGAGAGCGUGGUCGACAUCCUGUAACCGAUCCUCUGCCCUGCAUGUGCCCCGCGGAAACGUGCUCCUGGCCUGCGGAGAAGCGUGGAUCUGACUGGAGGUGGAGGGCUGUGGACGUCUGCGUGCAUCGUGCGUUCGCCAUGGUCGUGCGGCAUGAUGGCCUGCUCUCUAUCGCCCGUCAUCCGUCCGCGCCCUUCUUCCCCACACCGGUAAUCAACCCUAACGAAUGAAAGGCGAACGUGCUACGUAUCAGUUGUCGAUCCGUUUGCUGUUUCCUCUCCGCUGCCUGUGCGCCUGGCAUGCUUGCGGAUGCCCUGCAUCCCCUCCCAUCACUCCCUGGAGCCCAAAAUACUACCUGUGAUCUCUUCCGAAAGGACCAAUCAAUGAAGGUUGUACAUAUAACGAUCCCUUCUCGCAUCCCAUAUUCCCAUAUAUCUUUAGCUCAUCUACGGUUCCUCGCAGUCUUGCUUUCCAUCUCGCAUGCAUUUACUCGCGAAUCCCGCUCCGCAUUCUGUCCCCCGGUAUCUUCGCUCCGACUCAGACUGUCAUGUACCACCACUGCCUACCACCUAUCGCACAGUCCCGCUACCUGUCCUGACCAGCGUCCAUAUCCGUAGAACCCUCAUUCUUCAACGUCCCGCGUACCUUCACACCUGCAAUCAUCCUCACGGCCUUUCAUGACUUCGCAUAUAUAUCUAGCAUACCGGAUGCCUUCUCCUAAUCAUGCAAUACGG